UGACCGCCCGGUUGGGGCACAUGCCACUCCCAACCGCGGCGUGUCGCGCGGCGUGUCGCAGGGCCGUCGGGCUCGAGCCAGAGAACCAACGCGCCACCCAUGUGACUGCCAUGAAUUGCAGCGAUCGAUGCUGCCUUCCUUGCGACGGGGUCCGAGUGUUGGUGAAAACACAAUGUUGUCGAAGCCAAGCAAAAGGUUCGCAUGGCUAGAACGGCACCCUGUCUCUAAAUCCUGGAGAACUGAGCGCAAGGAGGUCCAGUGGUUCGUUGCCAACGCUUUUCGCCUCCAAGAACACCCAUACUACUCGUCAAAGCGGGCCUGCAUCCUCCAACAAUCGUUUGAACUUGGAUUGCGACACACGUGAGCCAUAUGCCACAACAGGAUUGCAAAGUGCUGCCUGCACAGGCGCGAGAGAAUUCAUAUCGCAUUGCCAAAUAUUCGUCCAAGCGUACACACUUCGAAUGGCGGUUGCCACCACCGGCAACGCCGUGGCCAAGAAAGGUAUCAUCCUCUUCGACGCCGACGAGUACGUCCGCACAACAGGAAACAGAGCGCCAAGCCGAGUGGACCAACCGGUCAAAUCACCCGCCGCUUUGGCCAUUGCCACGGACGUCAAACCACUGCAAAAUCGAACGAGCAACGUGUUUUGGUCUGCACGAAGCACACCGCCGUUGCCGAGCUAUCGCCAUGAUCAAGCACAGCUUACAUCCUCUGGCGAACUUCCAUCGUCGUCCAGGCAAUUCCCCGUUCGGCAGUCCUAUCGAGCUCGUCGAGACUGCAAUUCCCACGCCAAUACAGUGCUUGUACACGAAGACAUCCCGAUACUGGAAGAACCCGCCGAGGAAGUUGGCAUGUCUCAGCGUAAAAUGGGGCGGCUGCGCACACUCUGGCGCAAGUACAUUUGGGGUCCCCAAAGCCAGAGCCAGUAGAUCGCGAAGCGUAUUUAUUUUCGUCGUUGGGCCAUUGGAAGCCGCAACGCACGCCAGCGUUCCCAUGCGAAUGAUUUUGAACAGAGCAUGAUCCAUUCCCA